AUGUCAGGAAAUACCUGGUCAUUGUUUGGCACCACGCAAUUACCACACGAGCUAUUGAAUACAACCAAAAUCCUUAAGCUUUCACCACAGCCUCCAAAGAAAGGGCCUCAUAUUUCAAAUGCAAAGUCACAUUAUCAAGAAAAUGGCAUUAUAUCCUGUGAAGAAGCCGAAAGUUUCAAAGUCGAAAACGCCGCCCUCGAAGUCGCCGCGGCUCAGAAGCCCUCUAGAUAUUACACCCCAUCCUAUUAG